CCCCCUUUUCCGUUCCGAUAUUCUAACGAACUCAAGAAUGGUAGCUGAACACGCAUACCCUCACUCAAUCUUCAAAACUCCAACUUAACACCACUUCACACGCCUUUAAUUUUCCGCUACCUUUCUUAAAUAAUGAGAAGAAAAACAGCAACAAAAGCACAGCAUGGUUGGUUAUGCAUAUACCUUUAAUUCUUAAUAUAUAUAGGACAAGAAUAAGGCACCAUGAUUGAAGAGCGUUAAAGUUUCAUUUCAACUACUAGCAGUAAACUAAUAUUAAUGGAUUGGUCUAGCUCUGGCAUCACUACAUGGUUUAGAAGGCAUCAUCACCACACAAAAUUGAGAGUCGUUGGCAUUCUUAUUUUGAGUCAACUUGUUUCUCUAACUCUUGCUCUCCUAAGCCUCACUUCCUCUCUCAUCUCCCAAAAAUUUGGCGUUUAUGCGCCUCUCACUCAGAGUCUCUUUGUCUACGCAUCUUUGGCUUUGGUUUAUGGAACCAUCUUGCUCUUUAGGAAUCAAAAACCUCUGGGUUUUUGGUAUUGGUAUUUAUUGUUAGGUAUUGUUGAUGUUCAGGGCAAUUAUUUGGUUAACAAAGCAUAUCAGUAUUCGUCAAUUACUAGUGUGACCCUACUCGAUUGUUGGACAAUACCUUGGGCCAUUCUAUUCACAUGGAUUUUCCUUGGCACAAGAUAUUCUUUAUGGCAGUUAAGUGGUGCAGCUAUAUGUGUACUUGGCCUCUGUUUAGUCAUGUUUUCUGAUAGUGAAGUUGGUGGUGGAGGCGGUUCAAAGCCUCUCUUAGGUGAUGUACUUGUGAUUGGAGGAACACUUUUCUACGCAAUUAGCAAUGUUGGUGAGGUAAUUUCUGGCUGAAAUUGAGGGACCUGAGCAAAAAUCUGAUUCACGCUGAAAAAGGACUGCUGAUGUUGUUGGAUUCUGACCUCCCUGCACUCGAAAUAGAUUUUCUAAAGCUACAGAACUCCAAUUGGCGCGCUCUCAACGGCGUUGAAAAGUAGACAUCCUGAGCUUUCCAGCAAUAUAUAAUAGUUCAUACUUUGUUCGAGAUUAGACGACACAAACUGGCGUUCAACGCUAGUUCCAUGCUGCAUUCUGGAGUAAAACGCCAGAAACACGUCACAAACCAGAGUUAAACGCCAAAAACACGUUACAACUUGGCGUUUAACUCCAAGAGAAGCCUCUACACGUGUAAAGCUCAGGCUCAGCCCAAGCACACACCAAAGUGGGCCCCGGAAGUGGAUUUCUGCACUUAGACUUAUUUCUGUAAACCCUAGUAGCUAGUUUAGUAUAAAUAGAACUUUUUACUAUUGUACAAGGGGUCCUUCUCCCUAUUUUCGAAUUCAUAUGUCUUUUGUGGAGGCUGGCCAUUUGGCCAUGCCUAGACCAUCACUUAUGUAUUUUCAACGGUGGGGUUUCUACACACCAUAGAUUAAGUGUGUGGAGCUCUGCUGUACCUUGAGUUUUAAUGCAAUUACUACUA